AUGGCCCCGACACUCAAGCUCACUUACUUCAACAUCAAGGGGCGCGCAGAGCCCAUCCGCCUGGCCCUCUACAUCGGCGGCAUCGAGUUUGAGGACAACAGGCUGACGGGGGAGCAGUUCGCGGAGCUGAAGCCCUCCCUGCCCUACGGCCAGGUGCCCGUGCUGGAAGUGGACGGCGAGGUGAUCGCGCAGGGAUUGGCGCAGCUGUGCUACGCCGGCAAGCUGGCGGGGCUCUAUCCCGAGGACCCCGUGGUCGCGAUGCGCGUGGACGAGGCCCUGUGCGCGGGGGAGGACAUGAGCGCCACCCUGCGGCCGAGCUUCUUCGAGAAGGACGAGGCCAAGAAGCUCGAGAUGCGCAAGGCGCUGGCGGAGGAGACCCUGCCCAAGUGGUUGGGGAUGAUGGAGAAGCGGUACAGCGCCCGGCCCGGGGACUACUCCUGCGGCGAGGAGAUGACGGUGGCGGACCUGGCGAUCUACAGUUUCGGGUCCUGGAUGAAGAUGGGCGUGCUGGACGGCAUCCCCACCAGCAUCCUGGACCCCUACCCCACGCUGUGCGGCAUCAUCGAGAAGGUCGGCGCGCACCCCAAGGUCAAGGAGUGGAACGACAAGCACUGA